CGGCCAACGGGACAGCGAAGGAGUCCUUUCAUUCUACCCCGAGUCCUCCUCCAAAGCUUGCGCAAUGGGUGUCCCAUCGACACAGGCGUCUAACGCUAUCAUCUACCUAACUUACGGCGCAUUCUUGAUUACGGGUGUCUAUAUCGCAUUUAAGCUCCGCCAUCAGUCAAAGGGCGAAUACUUGUCCAGCAAUGGGACGCAGAAGGGCAUCCCGCUUGCUCUGAACUUUAUCGCAUCGGCUCUCGGCUCUGGAAUUCUCUUUUCCUACCCUGAGAUCGCGACUAUUUGCGGAGUGCAGGGCUUGGUGGUCUAUUCACUUUCGUCCUCACUCCCGCUUUUGGUCUUUGGUUGGCUGGGCCCUGUCCUCCGACGGAAAUGCCCCGAGGGCUUUGUGCUUACGGAAUGGACGAGACAACGAUACGGGACGGUGACAGCCUUGUUUCUUAGUCUUUGCACCCUCAUUACCCUAUUCCUCUACAUGGUGUCCGAACUCUCCGCUAUGCAGCAAAUCGUCAACGUCUUGACAGGACUGGACGGACUGCCAGCUAUCAUCGUCGAAGCCGCGGUUACAACCAUAUACACUUCCAUUGGCGGUUUCCGCGUGUCUUUCAUAACCGACAAUAUCCAAGGCGCCAUGGUCGUUGGGCUCAUCAUUCUAGGCGUCAUAUCAGUCGGAGCUACUACCAACAUCGACCGCAGCCUGAUCAAAGAAUCCGGGUUCUUAAAUUCCAGCCUCCUGGGUUGGCAGCUCGUCUACAUCCUCCCAGUUGCAGUGCUCACGAACGACUUCUUCGUAUCUGGCUUCUGGCUUCGCACCUUUGCCUCCAAGACCGACAAAGAUCUUUGGAUUGGUGUUAUUAUAGCUACGGUAGCUGUGACCAUCAUCCUUACCUUCGUUGGCAGUGCGGGCCUCCUCGCCGCCUGGUCUGGUGCCUGGCCCCUUGGCUCUUCAGACUCUGGGUACCUCUCGCUCUUCCUCCUGCUCGGCCAGCUCCCGGCCUGGGUCGUCGGCGUCGUCCUUGUCAUGGUCGUCUCCCUGUCCACCGCCGCCUUCGACUCCUUCCAGAGCGCCAUGGUGAGCACAGGCUCCAACGACAUCUUCCGCAACCGGCUCAACCUGUGGUUCAUUCGCGCUUGUGUCGUAGUGAUCAUCGUGCCUGUUGUCGUGGUUGCGUUGAAGAGCCCGGACAUCUUGCAGAUCUACUUGAUCAGCGACCUCGUCAGCGCCGCGCUCGUCCCCGUUCUCAUCCUCGGGCUCUCCGACUGGUUCUAUUGGUGGCGCGGCUUUGACGUCGUCGUCGGCGGCCUCGGUGGCAUCAUGACCGUGUUUUUCUUCGGCCUGGUCUUCUACAAGGGCGAUGCUCAGUUGGCUGGGAACCUGCUCCUCCUCGAAGGCGGCCUCUAUGGGAACGACUGGAGCGCGUUUGGUGCCUUCAUGGCCGCUCCCAUAGGCGGUCUUCUCUGGGGUUUCGGCGCUUGCGGACUCCGUCUCUUGACGUUGUAUAUCAUAGCCAAGGUUAAGGGACAUAGGUUCGAUGCUUUAGAUCGGCCGGUGCCACAGUUUCAUCCUACUGAUGCUGCUACGGACAGCGAGCAGGAGGCAGUCACUGAGCAUCGGGCGGAUACGAAGACGGAUGGGAAGUUCUUCUAGGGCACUGUGGCUCGAAGUACGAGAUUUCAGGAGAGUCGUUUGGGUGGGCGGCAGCUGAGAGAGAAGUGUAUGGGAUGGGAUGGCAUGGGAUGGCAUGGGAUGGCAUGGGAUGGGAGUGGGGAAGUGUCUUUUGACUUCUGGCAUGAGUUGGAUGAAGGCAGAGAGUUGGUAGUUGUUACAAAUUGUAAUGCUUACGAG